UUUUUUUCCCUAUCCUAAAAAAAUAAGGAAAAAAAAAGAGAAGAGAUUCUUUUCGUUUCCUUGCACGACCAUCUUCCUCCUCCCGUGCGUGCUGCGGUGGUUGCAACUUGCACAGAUGUGCAUCAGAGCAGCGCUGCCGCCUGCCUGCCGGUGGCGUUAGCGUGCGUUAUAUAUAACCACACUCCCCCUCCCCCUCACCACCAUCUCCACAACCACACACCGCCAUUGCCUUCCACCGCACCACCAGCCCGCCGCCGGCAUCAGCCAUGCGGCGCCGCCCCUUCCUCUCCAUCCUCCUCCUCCUCCUCCUCGCCGCGUCGGCGACGACACCAACGCCGGCAGCAUCAUCAUCAGCGCGGGCGGCGUUCGCGUGCGCGCCGGGCGGACCGGCGACGACGCUGCCGUUCUGCCGGCAGUCGCUGCCGCUGCACGCCCGCGCGCGGGACUUGGUGUCGCGGCUGACCCGCGCCGAGAAGGUGCGGCUGCUGGUGAACAACGCGGCGGGCGUGGCGCGGCUUGGCGUGGGCGGGUACGAGUGGUGGUCCGAGGCGCUGCACGGCGUGUCGGACACGGGUCCCGGGGUGAAGUUCGGCGGCGCGUUCCCGGGCGCCACCGCGUUCCCGCAGGUCAUCGGCGCCGCCGCCGCGCUCAACGCCACGCUCUGGGAGCUCAUCGGACGGGCGGUGUCGGACGAGGCGCGCGCCAUGUACAACGGCGGUCGAGCAGGACUGACCUUCUGGUCCCCGAACGUGAACAUCUUCCGUGACCCACGGUGGGGCCGCGGGCAAGAGACCCCCGGCGAGGACCCGGCCAUCUCGUCGCGGUACGCCGCCGCGUACGUGCGCGGCCUCCAGCAACCCUACGACCACAACCGGCUGAAGCUCGCCGCCUGCUGCAAGCACUUCACGGCGUACGACCUGGACAGCUGGGGCGGCACGGACCGGUUCCACUUCAACGCCGUCGUGUCCCCGCAGGAUCUCGAGGACACCUUCAACGUCCCCUUCCGCGCCUGCGUCGCCGGCGGCCGCGCCGCCAGCGUCAUGUGCUCGUAUAACCAGGUCAACGGCGUCCCUACCUGCGCCGACCAAGGGUUCCUCCGGGGAACCAUCCGGAAGGCGUGGGGCCUGGACGGCUACAUCGUCUCCGACUGCGACUCCGUCGACGUCUUCUUCCGCGACCAGCACUACACCCGCACCGCCGAGGACGCCGUCGCCGCCACGCUUCGCGCCGGGCUGGACCUCGACUGCGGGCCUUUCCUCGCGCUCUACACCGAGAACGCCGUCGCGAGGAAGAAGGUCUCCGACGCCGACGUCGACGCCGCGCUGCUCAACACCGUCACCGUCCAGAUGCGGCUCGGCAUGUUCGACGGCGACCCGGCGUCGGGCCCGUUCGGUCACCUCGGCGCCGCCGACGUGUGCACCAAGGCGCACCAGGACCUGGCCCUCGACGCCGCGCGACAGAGCGUCGUGCUCCUCAAGAACCAGCGCGGGAGGAAGCACCGGGACCGGGACGUCCUCCCGCUCCGCCCCGCCGCGCACCGCGUGGUGGCCGUCGUCGGCCCGCACGCCGACGCCACCGUCGCCAUGAUCGGGAACUACGCCGGGAAGCCCUGCAGGUACACCACGCCGCUGCAGGGCGUGGCGGCGUACGCGGCGCGGGUCGUGCACCAGGCCGGGUGCGCCGACGUCGCGUGCCAGGGGAAGAACCAGCCCAUCGCCGCGGCGGUGGACGCGGCGCGCCAGGCUGACGCCACCGUCGUCGUCGCCGGGCUUGACCAGAAGGUGGAGGCUGAGGGACUCGACCGGACCAGCCUUCUCCUCCCUGGGCGACAGGCCGAGCUCAUCUCCGCCGUCGCUAAGGCGGCCAAGGGCCCCGUCAUCCUCGUCCUCAUGUCCGGCGGACCCAUCGACAUCGCGUUCGCGCAGAACGACCCCAGGAUCGACGGCAUCCUCUGGGUGGGAUACCCUGGCCAGGCCGGCGGCCAGGCCAUCGCCGACGUCAUCUUUGGACAACAUAACCCAGGCGGGAAGCUGCCGGUGACAUGGUACCCUCAAGACUACCUGGAGAAGGUGCCGAUGACGAACAUGGCGAUGCGGGCGAACCCGGCGCGCGGGUACCCGGGGCGGACGUACCGGUUCUACACGGGGCCGACGAUCCACGCGUUCGGGCACGGGCUGAGCUACACGCAGUUCACGCACACGCUGGCGCACGCGCCGGCGCAGCUCACCGUGCGGCUGUCCACCUCGUCGGCGUCCGCGUCCGCGUCCGCGUCCGCCGCCUCCCUCCUGAACGCGACACGGCCGUCGCGCGCCGUGCGGGUGGCGCACGCGCGGUGCGAGGGGCUGACGGUGCCCGUGCACGUGGACGUCAGGAACGUCGGCGACCGCGACGGCGCGCACGCCGUGCUCGUGUACCACGUGGCGCCCUCGUCGUCGUCGUCGUCCGCCCCUGCCGGCACGGACGCGCCGGCGCGGCAGCUGGUGGCGUUCGAGAAGGUGCACGUGCCCGCCGGCGGCGUGGCGCGCGUGGAGAUGGGCAUCGACGUGUGCGACCGGCUCAGCGUCGCGGACCGGGACGGCGUGCGGCGGAUCCCCGUCGGCGAGCACAGGCUGAUGAUCGGCGAGCUCACGCACUCGGUCACGCUCGGCGUCGAGCAGCUCGGGGCAUAGCCGUAUACGAGAACGGAAGCAGAUCCAGAGGGGUUCUUGAAUAAUUGUGCUGUGCUGUGUUGUGUUGUUUCUGGUGGGGAUUGCCAGGGUGCUUGCUUCUGUCUCUGCAAAGGUGGAGAUGGAGAUGUACUAGAAGGCACCGGAUUACUGAAAAAUUGUUGGAUUGAAAAUCAAAAAACGAUUGAAAUGGAAGGAAGACAGAAGAAUGUCGUUUCUUCCUCAACACUAAUGUUUUUAAACACAUUCCCAAAUGUUCUCUGAUGUCAAGAUUUGUGUA